AUGUCUAACUCUACAUCAACAGCAAUAUUGUUGGGUUAUACAAAUAGUUUUAAAAUGUUAAACAUGUCAUAUAUGGAUUCGCGAGUUCCACCUACAGUGUCUAUAAAGAGCAAAAAACCGCUAUUUAGUGGCAUUACAGAUGGUACUCUUUCUUUAUUGGCUCCUGUUGCAGCAUAUUGGUUGUUUUCGGGUUUAUUCCAUCUCAUCGAUACUUUUAAGUUGGCAGAAAAAUAUCGUAUACAUCCAAGUAAGGAGGUUGAAUCACGUAAUAAGGUUAGCAGGUUAGGAGUUCUUGUCCAGGUGUUAAUACAACACGUAAUACAAACGGUGACGGGUUUAGUGAUGGUAUAUUUUGAUCCAGAGCCAGUCACUGGAUUUGAAAAUUAUCAGCUCUGGAGUUGGAGACAAGCGCUCCCUAAAUGGAUACCUAACUACGUUAUUUACCUUGGUUAUCAAUAUGGUAUUUCGCUGUUAAAGCUACUUAUUGGGUUCUUCAUAAUUGAUAGUUGGCAAUUUUGGUUACAUUACACUAUGCACAUGAAUAAAACCUUAUACAAGAAAUUCCAUGCUCAUCAUCACAGAUUAUAUGUCCCAUACGCUUACGGUGCACUAUAUAAUAACCCAAUGGAGGGUUUCUUUUUGGAUACCCUAGGGUCCGGUAUAGCAGCUAUGGUGACUCGUUUAACGCAUGUUGAACAGACGAUUUUGUAUACAUUUGCUACGAUGAAGACAGUGGAUGAUCACUGCGGUUACGCUUUACCAUGGGAUCCUUUCCAAUGGUUAUUCCCAAAUAACGCAGUGUACCACGACAUACAUCACCAGAGCUUCGGAAUUAAAAGCAAUUUUUCUCAACCUUUCUUUACACUCUGGGAUACAAUUUGUAAUACUAAAUUUCCGCAAUUCAAAGAAUAUGAGAAGAAACAAAGAAGAGUGACUGUUGACAGGUAUAAACGGUUUUUAUCAGAAAGAGAGUUCGAUCGCCAAAAGAAGCUCAAGCUAUUGUCAAAAAAGAUGAGCUGA